UUUACAUAACCUAACAAAACGCUGUCACAUUCUUCGCAAUAACAUUUAACAGUUUUUAUAACUAUUAUAAAACUUGGUGUAAAUCAACAAAAUUUUCGUAAUUUCAACAUGUUAGACUCUGGUGGAACCUCUCUAAGAUCCGAUAUCAAUACGACUGUUGCUAGAAGAUGGGAACAACCGCGCCCGGUCAAACGUUCGCAAUCAGCCAGUCCUAAUAAUUUAAAUGCACGAAGACAGAAUGUACAGAAAAAACUUGUUGCUGGGAAAAGACAUCGAAGUAUGUCGCCUACAAAUGUGGCGAAGAAGGCAGAUGAGAAGCGGCCGUCAUCACCAGUUCAUUUUCAUACUGAAGAUGAUUACGCAAACUUAACUUUGACGGAGACAGAAAAAGAUGUACUUUUGCCGCCGACAGUCAUUUCGAAAACCAUGCGUUCGUACGCCGGCAAGAGAAGAGAGUUUAUAAAGCUUCGUAAGAACGUUAUGAGUCAACAGAAUAUGCUGAUAGAGACAUACGCAUCAUUGAAAGAAAUAGAGGCUAGAUGUGGAAUAAACGACAAUAAUCUCGGAGAUCUUAGGCUGCUCUCGAUAUCCGGUUGGCCGGCAAAUGAUUUGCUUCUACUGUUAAGAAAUGACAUAGCGUCUUUACGAAGCAUGGAAAUUAAUGAGGGAUUUGGGCCACAAAUGUUACGACGGCUCCAUUCCCUGCUGACUGUGAUCCCCGACGAGGUGCGUGCGGUGAACUCGGAGAUCAUGAUACGUCGCAACGAGAUCUUACAACUGUGGCGCUCCAAGGCUCGUCCUGAACGACUUAGCGUACAUUCUAACACUGAAUGGAAGAACAAAAACGCUGAAUUUGAAUCUCAAACAGAGAAUAUAAAGAAACUGGUGGUGACAUUAACAGAAAAUAUUAGGUCCAAAAUUAAGCAGUCGUUUGAAGUGGCUAAAAUGCCCUGGCUUGACCGGGAAAAUUUGAUAAAGAAGGUUGAACGAUUACAAAAUGAAAAUUUAAUUUUGCAAGAUAAACUUGACGAAAAAUCGAAAAAAGAUGGCGAAGGACAAGAAGAUGGAAAGACGGAAGAUAUAUUUAAAUAUGAGGCAUUACAAGAGCAGCUGAACAAAGAGAAAUCAGCAAAGGAAAGUUUAAGGGAAAUAGUAUCGACUGCGGAAAGCAUGCUGCGCGUCGCACGAAGUCGGAUCGUCAAUUUGGAAAAGCAGGUCAAGGAAGGAAAGACGGAGCUGGAUGCAGCGAAACGCAAACAGAAGGAAUUGGAACAACUAUAUCGUCAUCGUGAACUAAGCUACGAUACCCGGUCGAAGAAAUUGAUCGAACUCUCAAAAACUGGAGAAAUGACCAUCGAGGCGUUAUCACAGCAGCGAGAUGCUCUCGAACUACGGGUCAAAGAGCUGCGUGAGCAACUAGUGUUGACUGAAAACGCUGUUUCCGAGCGGGAAUGCAAACAAAGGAAUCGCGCUGAUAUGCUGCAGGCCAAGUUAUCAGAAAAGGAGAAAGCUCAUCUGGAGGCUGAAUCGCGUGCAGCGGCACUUCAAGAUCGAGUUAAAGAUUUAGAGAAACAGCUAUCUGUAAUCCAAGAACGAUGUACUAAGCUCCUCAACAUAGAAAAAGAACAUUGUCUCGACUACCUGCCGUCUAAAGAAGGCGAGCCUUCAGACGGGGAAACUGAAAUUUGGAAGGAGCUACAAGACACGCGUGCCGCACUCGUUAGGGUCGAGGAGGAGCUGCGACAAACUCGCACCGAUAAAGACAACUUUUUAAAUUCCUUAUCCAGAAUUGCGCAAAUAGAAAGUGAUAACGAUAAUAAAAUGGCUACUGAAUUAUUGGACAGAGAACAGAGAAUAGCAAAACUGCAAUCCAUUAUCGACGAACAGCGAGCAAAUGAGAAGAUAAUGGAACAAAGUAUGUCAGAGUACGAGACUCAAUUAGCUGCUUUGCGUCUUGAAGUAAAGCGCUUGAGGAAUUACGACUGUUACUCCAGGGAUACGCCUUACCAGGAUCUUAGAACUGAGUUGCUAGAGAUGCAAAUGCAAGUAGCGACACUUAGCCGCGAGCGGUCUGCACUGGUGACGGCGGCGGCGUCGCGCGCCCUCAUGCUGGAGCGGUACGAGCGCGCGGCGGACAUGUUCGCUAAAGUAACGCGUGCGCGCCGCGACCUCGCCGCUCACCUCGAGGGACAGCACGAGCCUAAAGAAUUUGACGAAGCAACGACAUCGCAAGUCGUGUCAUCUCUAUGCCAAGAUGCAAACGACACGUGGUCGGCGCUGCAGACGGAGCGGGCCAGGGUACUUCAGCUGGAGAGCGCCAUCUUGAUGCAGAGCUUGCAGCUGGAGAGAGAAGGCAAAGUGCGCACCCAGCUGGAGAGACGAAAGGCUAUGCUGGAAAGACAAAUUCUACGUCUCGUGGGUCCUGGAUCCCAAAACACUCUGUUGUCUGAUCCAUCAUUAUAAUUUCCUCCAUUUCAAAAAACGGGAUGUAAUUUUCUUAACAUUUGGUUUUAUUUUGUUUUUUUUCCGUAAAUUUACGUUAAAAGUUCUUACUCCUUUGAAACCUAUACUAUUCAAAUUAUAGUAAUAAAGUCAUUACCGUACCUCAUA